GACAUCACGGCCGGGUUGCGGCAGCGCGGGCGCGCGGACAUGGCUGCGGCGGUUUCGGCGGCGGCCGCGGGCUGCGCCAGGGCCUGAGAGCCCAGCGCCCUCCCGCGGGGCCGCCCGCCAGUCCGCGCCGUCCGAGGGUGCCCUGGCUGGGCGCCUCUCGCUUCCCGGACACCCGGGGCUUCCACCUAACCAGCCUCCAUUGGCCAAAUUGCUGCGAAGCCCUCGUCAGGGGGCGCCAAGGAGCCAGGGGAAAACCGUGAGGCGCUGGCAGGAGCCUCCCGGAGGUGCUACCCCCCACCUUCCAUCUCCUACCUCCCACAUCCCUACGCCCCGCCCGGAGGUUGGGGCUUUGAAGGAUGCAGCCGGGGAAAACAUUAACUUUUGAGCUACGUCCAGAAUAGCAUCAUCUACAUGGUUAUUCCCUACUCCUAGGAUAUCAGAAAACCUUUGAUAACUAAUUGAGAAAAUGCAGAAGAUCUUGCAGACAGAUGAAAUUACCAAUACACAAGCUUUUAGAAAAGGAAAGAGGAAAAGGACAGAGACAAUGGACUCAGAAAAUGGAAAUAGUGACAUGGAUAAAGGACAGAGAGACCCAUAUUCAGGAAAUGCCUUUCUGCCUGGUGAAAGCUCCAGUGAGGAUGAGGAGCCUUUAGCAGAAUUGUCAAAGGAAGAAUUGUGCGCCAAAAUAAAAAGCCUGAAAGAAAAACUAACAAACACUCGGAAAGAAAACAGCCGACUUCGACAGUCUUUGGUCAUGCUUCAAGUGUUACCACAAGCAGUCACCCAGUUUGAAGAAUUGGUUGGUAUGGCUGAGGCUCUGCUUAAGGGUGGAGGAACCAUGUCUACAUCUGCAUCCACUCUCUGGAGAGCAACAAACAACUCUUCACCAGAUUCAUUGGCCUCAACCUGUAGUAAUUCGAAUUCGAAUUCCAGUUCACCAGUUUCCUUAAAGCCUGAGGAAGAGCAUCAGACUGAUGAGAAACAGUUCCAGAUUGAAAAAUGGCAGAUUGCCCGUUGUAAUAAGAGCAAGCCUCAGAAGUUUAUUAAUGACUUAAUGCAAGUACUUUACACAAAUGAAUACAUGGCCACUCACAGCCUGACAGGGGCAAAAUCCUCUACUUCAAGGGACAAAGCCGUAAAACCAGCUAUGAAUCAGAAUGAAGUUCAAGAAAUCAUAGGAGUAACAAAACAAUUAUUUCCCAAUACGGAUGAUGUUUCAAUCAGGAGAAUGAUAGGGCAAAAGCUAAACAACUGUACCAAGAAGCCAAAUUUAAGCAAAAAUCUUAACUCUCAGGAUAUUAAAUAGAUCCUUUUGGUAUUACGGGUAUCUGAAACAAAGCACCUUCAGUUCUAAAUCUAACAUUGGAUUUUGUUGGAGAAUCUGCAAACUUCCUGGCAGUAAGCAAAGACAGACAUGUGCAGUGACAGGCUGUGAGACAUAUGUAACAUUGCUGAACUCUCCUAAGGGACCAAGCUUGCUAAAGAAGCUGCAUGUAGAUUCCACCCUCAGAACUAGUGAUGCAUCAAACCAGAGAAUUUCUGCCAGUCAAAUAAGCAUGCAAUAUGGUUUCUUUGGAAAUAAGCAUUUCCCAAUCCCCAAAUACCCCUCUAUACAGUUAAUUUAACAAAGUAGUCAGACCUCUUAUCAUAGCAGCCAAAACUUCAGCCCAUAAGAUUUACUAUUAUCAGCCCAUACAUUUAUUAUUACCAAUAACUUCCCAUUAUAGUUUGUGGAUCUUUAGCAUAAGCAUGUGUUUGUAACAGUAAACAGCAAAAUAAUUAAUGUUGACAAAUAUAAGAACGACAAAGUCAGCCCAAAAUCUGAUAAUCAUGUCUAACCAAGUAAUAAUGUUUUAGCAAUAAAAUUACAGGAUUAGUCUGUUAUCUAAAAAUGUAUAAAGUAGGAAUAUGAAGAAAUGACAACAGCAAGAUUUUUAAUUUUAAUAUUAGACAGUUCCACCGCACUUCUGAAGAAUAAACCCAAAUUCUGGUGAUUGUUAAAACAAUGCAUCAAUUUUCAGGGAAAUAUUUUUGUUUGUUUAUUUACCAGAUAUGUUUUAACUUUGUAUUGCCCAAAUUAUGUUAAACACAGAUGUGUAAUAUAAACCAUCAGUAUCACCUAAAACAUCUUGUAUUUAUAACGUGAUGUAUAGUUGGUCGAUUACAUUGCUAUGCUGCUUAGUUUUAACUGGUUUAUUUUCAUUGUAGCAGAAGAAAAGUGAAUUGAAAAAAAAAUUAUAUGGGUUUGAUAAUCACAAAUGCACAAAUACCAUUUUGUAACUCAACAAAAGAUAGAACAUUCUUCAUCCAAAGGCUUCUUGCUUGAUGUCAGAUUGUCACAUGUGACCACUCUGCAAUGUGAAGCCAUGCUUCUUCAGUGCACAAAGUCAUGUUUAAACUUGGAAAAGAAGAUGCUACAGUAGUUUCAAAGAUCAGUAUUGUGGACCCAGGAAACGUUCCAUAAGUCUUGCUUGUUCACAAUGUGAUUGUACAAAAUACAUGUUCUUAAGGAAAUAACUUAUGUAACAUUUGCUACUUUUACUUAAAGAUAAAUAAAUCACAUUGAAAAGAUAAAA